GGACGGGCGCGUCCAUGUAGUCACGUGGGUUCUUUCCGUGUCGCCAUUUUGUGUCCUGCUCUGGGUAUUUAACCGUCCUGCCCCUCUACGUCAGCGAUACAGGAGGUGUCCUGCUCUUAUACGUUAACUUUACGCCGCCGUCUGUCCCCAGACUGCUUUACCGUGAGAGUCCUGUCUGCCUUCCUGCGGUGUUUAUCUCAGCGGGGUCAUGUCCAGCGGAGCGCCCUUAUACUCGCCCUUCUUCGCCGUGAUGGGCGCGUCAGCCGCGAUGAUCUUUAGCGCGCUGGGCGCGGCAUAUGGCACGGCUAAGAGUGGCACUGGCAUCGCUGCCAUGUCUGUGAUGCGGCCGGAGCUGAUCAUGAAGUCCAUCAUCCCUGUGGUGAUGGCGGGAAUCAUCGCCAUCUACGGGCUCGUGGUGGCUGUCCUCAUCGCCAACAGCAUCUCUGCUGACAUCACCCUCCAUAAGAGUUUCCUGCACCUGGGGGCGGGGCUAAGCGUCGGACUGAGUGGGCUCGCGGCUGGCUUUGCCAUCGGCAUUGUGGGUGAUGCGGGUGUGCGUGGCACCGCCCAGCAGCCUCGCCUGUUUGUGGGGAUGAUUCUGAUCCUCAUCUUUGCUGAGGUGCUGGGGCUCUAUGGCCUCAUCGUAGCCCUCAUCCUCUCCACCAAAUAAACUACAGCUCCCAGCAUGCAGUGGGGCUGGCUGGCUCCAGGGACAGGGACCGCAGAAAAGGGAGGGCCGUGGAUUAGGGGGUGGGCGGAGCAGCAAAGAAGAAUAAAGGGUAUCUAAUAAUCGAAUGAGCCGAGAGGGGGAGCGGUCUCCUGUUAGAAAAUGGAUCUGAUUCGGUGAUGUGUACAGAAUUUCAAUCUGAUUGGAUGUAGUGAGCCUGUCUGUCCAGUAGCUGUUUUUGUUUUAAAGUCCUUCUGGUCAUGCUCAUGAGUGUUCUCCCACCCCAUGAGGAGGGACGUGUCUGGCUGCAUUUUCCCAUUCUGUCAUGCUGAUUUUGAAUGUUUUGACUUCAUGAUGUUGUAAUGUUUGUAAAUUUGUGAGGGGAGAUCUGAGAUUCAUAUGGCUGCAUUAAUUUUUUUUGUCACCGAUUUUUAUUUAUACAAACAUUAAAAUUGUUCAAGGAUUGUGUACAUGAAUCCCUGACAGUAAAAAUAUACACAAGUA